AUGUCUGACCUCUCCAGCAAAUACGUCCUGCAAACGGCUGGCUUUGACGCCCGCUUCCCCAACACGAACCAGACGAGGCAUUGCUUCCAGAACUACACCGACUACUUCAAGUGCAUUGCUGCCAAGGGCGAGGAGUUCGCGCCUUGCAAGCAGUUCAAGCGCGCUUACAACUCGCUCUGCCCUAGUACGUAUACCCCGUGCGCUAUCGGAAAGUGGGAUGAGCAGCGCGAGAACAAUACCUUCCCGGCUUCGCUUGAGCCGUGA